AUGGAAUAAUCAUUCUUGACCAAAUAAGUAAAAUCAGACAACUGGUUAUUUAGUGAAAUCACACCCUUGAUCAACAUGAUCAAUGGUAUGGAUGGACAAAUACAAAACAGUGAUUUGAGGAAUUUUGUUAUUAAAGAGUCAGAUUGCGAGCAAAUCCUCCAGGAAUUAAAGGAGUAAAUUUCAUCGAGAUUAUUAGUAUUUUACAAUCUAAGCCUAAAGAUUUAUACAGAAAAAUCUUUCGACAUUUUUUCUUGGUUAGAAUCUGCUAGUUGCUUGGAAUACAGACAGCCACGGACAUUAUUAUGCUAGGAAAUUUACUAAUGUUAAAUUAUGCCACAGAUUCCUUAAUAAAUUUAAAUAGAGAAUUGUUGUAUCAACCUAUAUUGGCAAUUUGCGGUAUUAUUUGUCUCUCUCUUCUCAAGUAUAUAAAGGAUUUUAUUAUUAAGAACAUACCUCAAUGCCAAAACAGAUCAGUUCGUGAAUCUCUUUGUGCUUCGACUUAGAUUGAUAUCUGAAUAUUUGAUAUACGAUAAAGCUUUGAGAGUCCAGUGCAUCAGCAGCAAAGGUGAGAGUGACAGUCAUUCAGCCAAUAUCAAUACACUCCUAACUGCAGAUUUGGAUCAAAUUAUGUUAAUCAACUUUACCAUUAGAGAUACAUGGGAAGCAAUCCUGUUAAUAACUGGAUGCUUAAUAUUUUUAUAUCACCUAGAUUCUCAUGCAGGUACAAUAGUUGUAGUUACAAUGCUUUGUGCCCAAGUUUUCAAUCUUAUUGUUACUGCAGUCAUGAUGAGAUCCGAAAAGAAGAUGUUAGAAUACAAGGAUAUGAGAGUAGGGUUGUCAACUGAUGUGAUUGAAGGAAUGAAAUAAAUCAAGUACCUCUCAUGGGAAGAAACCUUUAGCAAAAAGAUUAUGGGAUUCAGAAACUGGGAGUUCUUUAUGCUUAGUUUAUUAAAAGGAUUUGAUGGAUUAUGCUCAAUAUUUUGGAAUAAUGUUAGCUAUGUACUAUUGUGCACCUAUAUAAUUUCAUCCGUGAACAAUGGCAAAUCACUCUCUGACUUGAAUAUCUUUUCUUUAAUCGCUGUUUUCAAUAUGAUGAUAUUCCCCUUGGGUAUUUUACCUUGGUGCAUUAAUUCUGGAUUAAUGGCAUAUGUUUCCUUUAGUAGAAUCUCGAAAUUCCUUCAGUAACAGGAGAUCGAUCCCGAUGAUCGUUUCUAGUUACCUUAUGCCAAAGAGGGAGAUGUCAUAUUGAUUGAAGGGUUACUAUGUGAAUGGCCAAUUGAAAAAAAUGAACAAUAAAAUAGAGCAUUGAAAAAGAACUAAAUUAGUGACGACGUAAUUGUAUUCGAUUAAGUGAAUGAAAAUUCGUAAUUCUUAUUAAGGAUUGAUGAAUUAAAGAUAGAGAGAAACACUUUGAAUUUUGUAAUAGGCAAGAUUGGAUCAGGGAAGAGUGCGUUGUUCAAUGCAAUUUUGAAUGAGUUAUAGAAGUAUAACUAAUACGAAGGAAUGUACAACAGCAUUUCAAUAAGAUCAGAUUCAUUAAUCUCAGGAGAAAGAAUGCUGACAAUUAGUGAUCAAAUAAUAAUUAAAGGAAAUAUCGGUUAUUGUUCUUAGACAUCUUGGGUGUAGAAUAUGAGCAUUAGGGACAACAUACUAUUUGGAUUACCUUUUAAUUAGAAAUUAUACAAUGAAGUAAUUGAUGUUUGUGAGAUAAGGAAGGACAUUAUGACUUUUGAGAAAUAAGAUUUUCAUGAGAUCGGACCUGAUGGUAAGAAUUUGAGUGGAGGAUAGAAGCAAAGAAUCACAUUGGCCAGGGCUCUCUAUUAAAACUGCGAUAUCUAUUUAUUUGAUGAUAUAUUCUCAUCUUUGGACAUUCACAUCGCAGAUCAAAUAUUUUAGAAGACUGUGUUGGACUUCUUAAUCAAAAAUGGGAAAACUGUAAUAUUGAUCACUUCCCAUUAUAGAUAUUUGAAUUAAGUGCCUCCAACUGUGAAAUCAAGGAUAAUAUAUUUAGAAAAUGGAUAGAUCAUCAAUGAUAGAAAUAUCAUCAAUGAAUACUUGGAGAAGGAAUAAUAACCAGAGGAGGACAAGCCAAAUAUUGAGGAGGAAAUAGAGGAAGCAUUGCCAGGAUUGAUUAAAUAGAAAAGUUCUAAGAAAUCUGAGAAGGAGUAAUUUUAACAUAAAGAGGAAGAUGACGAUUCAAAGAACCAGGAACAAAGAGAACAAGGAAAGAUAAAUAUGAAUACUUGGAUAACUUACUUUAGCAGUAUGAGUUGGUUCCUUUUGAUAGGAUGGGUUAUUGUGAAUUUCUUUAUGUAAGGAUCAAUGUCUUUAAUUGAUUUCUGGUUGAAAUCAGAAUUGAAGGGAGAUAGUGACUCAUGGUUGCAUUAAAUUACAAUUCAUUUUAAUAAUUCAUUCACUGAUACCUUACUCUAUCUCACUUUAUUCGCCUUAUCAAUUACUUUUGUUAGAGCUGCUUUAUAUGUUUCAACUGCAUUAAGAUCAGCUUGGGUGCUUUUUGUUAAAUUGAACAAGGUUCUAAUGGAAUCUGUGAUGAAGUUUUACGAUAAAACAAAUGCUGGAAGAAUAAUAAACAGAAUAUAAGAUGAUACACAAAUGAUUGAUGAUGAUUUAAGUUGGACCUUUCAUUGCUUUUUAGAGAAUGUUAGCAGAGUGACUGGGUUAUCUGUAGGGUUGGUUAUAUUGGAACCCAUUUUCGUAUUAAUAUUAAUAGGAGUUGUGGCUCUUUAUUAUUAGGUCAGUAAGACCUACAUUAAAUCAAAUAGAGAAAUCAAGAGAUUAAAAUCAGUCAAUUAAGGGUCUCUACUUCAAACAGUCAAUGAAACUCUCACUGGAAUCAAAGUGAUAAGAGCCUUUGAUAAAAAUUCUUUAUUCUGCCAAACCUUCUAGAACAAAUUGUAAAAUUGGGUAAUAACAGAUCAAUGUGGAGAAAGAUCGAAACUAUGGUUUGGAGUCAGAUUAAAUUUGAUGAGCAAUUUAAUUCUUAUUUGCGUAUCAAGUUUUGCCAUCCUUACUAUAAUACUUGAUUUUAAUGAUGAUUACUCAGUCCAAGCCUUGGCAAUUACUUAUUCAAUGGUUGUAUUAGACAGUUUCUAUGAUUUAUUUUCUUUAUAUUUAAGAAUGGAAUCAGCAAUAGUUUCUGUGGAGAGAGUCAAAUAGUAUUUUAGCAAUGAAACUGAAAAUAUUGACAAGGUUCAAAUACUCCCAAAGGUUGAAUUGGAAAUCUGGAAGGAUGUUAAAGAAUUUACUGAUUACAGAAUAGAAAAUGCUGUUACAUUUAAGAACAUCUUUCUGACUUAUGAGAAUGUUUCCGCUGAGGCUAAAUUCGCAUUAAAAAACUUCUCCUUAACAAUCAAGAAAGGGUAGAAAAUAGCCUUUGUUGGAAGAACAGGAUCUGGAAAAACUUCGAUCUUAAAUAUCUUAUUUGGACUCUACCAUCAUUAAUAUGGAUAGAUCUUUAUAAAUGGAAUGGAUUCUUCAAAAUUGACUUUGAGAGAAUUGAGAUCUUAAUUAUCUGUGGUACCUCAAUUUGGAUUCCUAUAUAAUGCAAGUGUCAAAGAAAAUUUAGAUCCUUAAAAUAAAACCACCAAAGAAGCCAUUGAGAAGUUGUUUGUUGACACAGGAUUUUAAUUAAGAGGCAUUAAUAAUACAAAUAACAAUUCUUGCAACGCAGAUUUUGUUAUAUCUUAAAAUGGAUCUAAUCUAUCGAAUGGAGAGAAAUAAGUACUGAACUUUUUAAGAAUUGUUCUUAUGAACAAAGAGAUUAUUUGUUUAGACGAGGCCACUUCAAACAUGGAUCCUAAAACAGAUUAAUUGCUACAUGAUUUGCUCUUUAAGUUUGCUGAAAAUAGAACUUUAUUAGUGAUUACUCAUAGAUUAGAAAACAUUAAAAUCUAUGACAAAAUAGUUGUUAUGGAGUAAGGAGAAAUAGUUGAAGAAGGAGAGUAUUAAGAACUGAUCAAAAUUGAAGGAGGAUUUUUCAAUAAAUUGAUGAGCCAUCACUAGAAAUAAUAACAAGAUUGA